UUCCAUCUCGAAAUUAAAUAACGAAAAGUCGUCGACGCCAUCGUCUUAGGUCUAUUGAGCAGAGUUUCCAUCUCCGCCGACCCUAAUUAAAUCCUCGUCCUCCUUUCCCUUUUCCAGCUCGUAGACUUCGUAUCGGCUGAAACCGGUGGGAAGCUGUUCCCCUGAUUCCGCUUCGAACUAGGGUUUUGUUCCUUCUGGUGAACUGUGGAUUACACUAUUUAAACAUGGAGAAUUUCAGAUUCCCACAGUCUGUUGGUGCACUUCGUGUAUAGCCCCUUUAUGAGCCGGCUACAGCUACUAAUUUGUGACUAGAAGGAAACUCGAAUGUGGCGUUGCCAUGGAUAGAACCAUUCAUUGGAAAGAGACUUUGCCUUCGGUUUAGAAAGUGGCAUGAAUUAUGUGAAAAAAGAACAGGAAGGAGUGAAGGAUAUAGAAUUUCUGAGUGGGUUUGGCAUGGAUGGGUUUGUAAAACCAGAAAGAGAUGGGCCGUUGGAACAUAGUCGAUCUAGCCCUUCUGAACAUUCUUACACAGAUGAGGAGGCUUUGGUUGACAAGAGGGUUGAACCGGAGGAUAGUGUAAGCCUUUUGGAGAAGAAAAUUGAACUUGAAAUGACAAAAAAGAAAGGACGAAAAAAGCCACCUAAGCCACCUCGUCCUCCCAACUCUCUGCCUCUGGAUGCUACUGACCAGAAGCUAAUGAAGGAGAUUGCUCAUAUCGCAAGGUUGAAGAGAGAAAGGAUUGCAAGGAUGAAAAUCAAGAUGAAGAAUAAGUCAACACAUUCUAAUAGCAGCCUUUGGGCCUUGCUCGUCACUAUUCUUUUAGUCCUUGUUAUCAGCUGGAAAGAUUUGUUUCGGCUUGCACUCUCCCAUAUUGUCUUUUUGUGAGCUAUAUCUUUCUGCUGGUCAAAGUCAAUAUCCACCCAUGCUUUUUUAGAUUCUUGCAUAAUCAAGUUUGAUUUGAUUGGACCUUACUCAUUUGUGAAAGUUGAUGAAAGAUAACAAGUUUAAUUUAAUUUCUGAAAAAAUUAUGUUAUUUUUUUCUCUUCAUUUUUAGAAGUUGAUAUUUAUUGUGCAUUAGUGGCUUGAGAUUCAGCUUUUUAAUGGUUUCCUGAACUUAUCUUGCUUAUCUUAAAUCUUUAUAUUCGUACCUGGAAGGACUUGCAACUUCUUUCACAUCGGCCAUCGCUGUGGUGGACUUUUUUUGGCAAUAAGUUUGUGGACCAGUGUGCAGAUGAUAUAGGUCAAGCAUAUGGCACUAUGUGACAAGGCAUCAAUUAGUUCUACUAAUGCCAUUUUGCUACUGGUUCAACCAAAUGUUUCACUACAGUUUUCUGGUUUGAAAUUCAUUUCCUAUGUUUUACUGUAUAGUUGUUUCUCUCUGAACUCAUAGGAGUGUAUUGUCGAGGAAGCUACAUACUCAGCUUGCAUGAUACACCUGAAUCGUCAGGACAAAGGACAGGUGGAUUUGUUUCCAUUCAGUUUUACAAGAACGUAUCAACAAAUCCAUAUUUUUCUAGCUCAGCUUCCCUCAGUACGCUCCCUAUUCUAUCUGUUAGUCAAACUAUGUCAAAUUGUACAAAGUUAACAAAUUGGCAUAUCUUUAUUUCCCAUGUCACUGGUUCAUUA